AUGAAUUUCAAGCUCUUUCUCAAUAUUUUAGUUAUAUUUCAUUUAUAUUUUUCUGUUGGAUUUUCUCAGAGAAUUGAAGAAAUAACUGAAGUUUACGGCGAUUCUUUAUCUCAAACGGUUAAUAAUAUUGUUCAAGAGACUCACAAUGGCAGCAGUAAUCUUAAAGAGUCGAUAGAUUGCAUGCAAAAAUUGAUGCCAUGUCAACCUUACUUGAAGUUGCCGGAGACGGCACCGGCAACGUGCUGUGUUCCUCUGAAAGAUAUGAUCACCACAGAAGCUCAAUGCUUGUGUAGUGUAUUGACCAAUGCUAGGGUUUUGCAGUCUUUUAAUGUCACUGAGGCUGAUGCAAUGAAUCUUCUCAAGGUUUGUGGUGCACAGGCUGAUCUCUCCUCUUGCAAGAAUGGUUCUCUGUCAGAAAAAUCAUCACCUCCCCCUAGCUCAUCAACUCCAGAACGCGGAGGCCAUUGGUGGUCUCAACUUGAGAGAUGUGGAUUCAUUUCUAUCUUUCUAGUAGUCUUCUUCUUAGCAUUAUCACCCUAA